AUGGAGAUCGCAAACCAGCAUGCCGCACUACUCUGCAGCCCAGGGAUGGGCCAUCUCAUCCCUGUUCUUGAGCUCGGGAAACGACUCGUCACCCACCAAAACUUCACUGUCACAAUCUUCUUCGUGCCAUCGCAAACUUCCGCUGCCGAAUCUGAACUCCUCGACGCAUCUGCCUUUCCACGCGGUCUAGACAUUAUCGAGCUCCCAUCACGAGAUGUUUCUUGCCUUCUCCACCCUGACGCUGCCGUCGUUACGCGCCUGGCAGAAAUGAUGCGACAAGUACGACCUGCGUUUCGUGCCGCCUUGCAUGACAUGAUUAACUUCCGUCAUCGUCGUCCCACAGUGCUCAUCGUCGACCUGUUCGGCACCGAAUCUCUGCCCAUUGCCGAGGAGUUUGGGAUUCCGAAGUAUGUUUACAUUGCUUCCAAUGCAUGGUUCCUUUCUGUAAUGAUAUAUUCUCCAACUCUAGAUGAGCAAGUCAGGGGUGAAUUCGUUAACCUCAAAGAUCCACUAGCAAUUCCGGGAUGCAGACAAUUAUCACCGGAACUUGAUAUCGUGGACGCUUUGCUGGACCGGAGCAAUCAGCAGUACGACGAGCACAUGCUGAUGGGAAGAGGAAUCCCAAAGGGUGAUGGGAUUCUGAUAAACAUAUGGAAGGAAUUGGAGACAAAGACCCUAGCAGCACUUAGAGAUGAGAAAUUCUUGGGCCGAUUAUCAAACGGACCGGUUUUUCCUAUUGGGCCUUUGCUGAGGCCUAAGUCUUCCGGCUCGAGGGGUGAUGUGUUGGGCUGGCUAGAUGAGCAGCCCAAUGAAUCUGUGAUUUACGUGUCAUUUGGAAGCGGCGGGGCCUUGUCGUAUGAGCAAAUGGUCGAGCUAGCUUGGGGACUUGAGAUGAGUCAACAGAGGUUCGUUUGGGUCAUACGGUCGCCGAUUGUAACAUCUGCCGAUGAAGCAUUUUUCACGGCAGGGAGUCACGGUGGCGAUGCCAGCAAUCCAAUUAGGUACCUUCCCAAGGGUUUUUUGGGCCGGACCACGAACACUGGGCUUGUCAUCCCUUUGUGGGCUUCACAAGUGGAUAUCUUGGCCCAUCCUUCAGUCGGAGGGUUUUUGACACACUGUGGGUGGAACUCGGUACUUGAAAGCAUCACCAACGGAGUACCAAUGAUCGCUUGGCCGCUCUACGCUGAGCAAAGGUUGAAUACGACGCUGCUGACGGAGGAGCUAGGCGUGGCGGUUCGGUCAAAGAUACCUCCGUGGAAGAACGUGGUGGAGAGAGAAGAGAUAGAGGAAAUGGUGAGGAAAAUUAUGGAGGACAAAGAAGGUUUUGCAUUGAGAGAUAGAGCCAAGAAUCUCAAAUUCAGUGGUGCAAAAGCUUUGGAACAGGGUGGUUCCUCUUAUAAUGCUCUUUCUCAGUUCACUAAACAUGCUGAAAUGUUCUUGCAAUUUGCAGAUGGUGUUGUUCCUCCUUCCCAAGUUCCAUGA